AAAAAGGAGAACCCAGAGAGACAUUCACGAAUUUUUCCUCUCUGUUUCUGUUAGCUGAUGUGUGAUUAGGCUUUCAGUACAACUAAGAAGAUGGUAAGCCUUUAGAUUCUCCUCUGAAUCUGCAUUGUUAUUCAGAACGUUGCUUUCCUGCGAAUUGUGUUUGGUUAUGUCUUCUUCAUGCAAUUGGAUGUUUGACGUCUUCCCUAGCUUCCGGGGAUUAGAUGUCCGCAAAACAUUCCUCAGUCAUUUUCUUAAGGAGUUGGAUCUCAGAUUGAUCAUUCCUUUCAAAGACAGUAAGAUAGAAAGAAGCCAAGCAAUCGAACCGGAGCUUUUACAGGCAAUUAGGAGUUCAAGGAUUGCGGUUGUCCUGUUCUCGAAAAACUAUGCUUCUUCCAAAUGGUGCCUAGAUGAGUUGCUAGAGAUUGUGAAAUGCAAACAAGAGCUAGAGCAGAUUGUGAUACCCGUUUUCUACGGUUUGGAUCCUUCUGAUAUUAGAAAACAGAUGGGUGAGUUUGGUGAAGCUUUUCACAAGACUUGCAAGAACAGAACAGAGAGCAAGAUAAAACUAUGGCGGCAAGCUUUAACCGAUGUAGCAAAUCUAGAAGGACACCAUUCUCGAAACUGGGAUAAUGAAGCAAAAAUGAUUGAAGCAAUCGUAAGUGAUAUUUUGGUUAAACUUAAUGUAACUCCAUCGAGGGAUUUUGAUGAGUUCGUUGGCAUCAACGAUCAUAUUGCAAAGAUGAGUGCAUUGCUGAGUGUGGAAUCUAAUGAAAUGAGGAUGGUUGGGAUAUGGGGUCCUUCAGGAAUUGGCAAGACAACCAUUGCAAGAGCUCUAUUUGAUCGAAUCUCACAUCAAUUCCUAGGUAGCAUUUUCAUUGAUAGUGCGUUCAUAUCUAAAAAUCUGGAAGAUUAUAGGAGAGCUAACUCUGACGAUUAUAACAUGAAGUUGAGUUUGCAAGGAAAGUUCUUGUCUGAAAUUUUAGAUAGUGGGCACAUAAAAAUAGAUCAUCUAGGGGCUGCGAGAGAUAGGCUUAGGCACAGAAAAGUUCUUGUCGUUAUUGAUGAUUUGGAUGAUCAAGUGGUGUUAGAUGCCUUGGCGGGUGGAGAUGAUUGGUUUGGAAAUGGGAGUAGAAUCAUUGUGGUUACAAAAGAUAAGCAUCUUCUUGAGGCCCAUGGGAUUGAUCAUAUUUACAAGGUUGACUUUCCUUCAGAAAAGCAAGCACUUGAGAUGUUUUGCCGAUCAGCUUUUUUGCAAAACUCUCCGCCUGAUGGUUUUAUGGAUCUUGCUUCUAAAAUAUCAAUGUGUGCUGGUGGUCUUCCUUUAGCUCUUCAGAUUCUAGGUAAGGCUAUGAAAAAGAGGAACAAGGAGUAUUGGACAGAUAUGUUAUCAAGGCUUGGAAAAAGUCCAAACAGAGUUAUUGUAAAAGGGCUAAGAAUUAGCUAUGAUGCAUUAGAUAGCGAAGAAGACAAAGCGAUAUUUCGUCACAUCGCAUGUUUCUUCAACAGUAUGGAAAUUGAUAGAAUCAAACUGAUGCUUGCAGAUAGUGGGUUGGAUGUUAAUAUGGGUCUGACAAACCUAGUUGAUAAGUCCCUUAUUAGUGUAAAACCAUCAUGGAAUAAUACAAAAAUCAUAGAGAUGCAUAGUUUGGUACAAGAGAUAGGUAAAGAAGUUGUUCGUACACAGUCUAACAAGCCUGGAAAACGAGAGUUCCUGAUGGAUUCGAAGGAUGUUUGCAAUGUACUUGGGAGUUCCAGAGGGAGUGAAAUGGUUAUAGGUGUAUCCUUGAAUUUAGAUGAGAUUAGUAUGGUGAGAAUACAUGAGAAUGCAUUCGACAAGAUGACUAAUCUCCGUUUUCUAAAAUUCUAUAAGAAGUCAUUAGAGAGGAAGAAAGAAGUUAGAUGGUUACUACCUGAAAGUUUCGAUAAUUUUCCAGACAAACUCAAGUUAUUUAGUUGGCCGGGAUGUCCAAUGGUGCACUUGCCUUCUUGUUUUUGUCCUGAAUAUCUUGUUGAACUCAUAAUGCCUAACAGCAAGCUUGUGAAGCUAUGGGAAGGAGUUGAGCCACUUGCAUGCCUUAAAGAUAUGGAUUUGUCCAAGUCUGAAAGCCUGAAAGAAAUCCCGGAUCUUUCAACAGCGACUAAUCUUGAGACAUUGAAUUUUCAUGGUUGUUCAAGUUUGGUGGAGCUUCCUUCCUCUAUUCGGAAUCUCAAUAAAUUGACAAAGUUGAACAUGCAAGGGUGCGUAAAUCUGGACACCUUUCCCACUGGAAUUGACCUCCAGUCUCUGAGUUCUCUUGAUCUCAGUGGAUGUUCACGGUUGCGAAGUUUUCCUUUGAUCUCAAGUAACAUUUCAAAGCUCAAUCUAAGCCAAACAUCUAUCGUAAAAUACCCCUUUAAAUUGCCUUUAGAGUCUCUCGUUGAACUUCACAUGGAGAAAAUCAAGAGUGAAAGACUUUGGGAAGGAGUUCAGCCUCUUACAAGCCUCAAGAAAAUGGUGUUUUCAAGAUGUGAAAACUUGAAAGAAAUCCCAAAUCUUUCUAUGAUGACUAAACUCGAGAAACUUGAUCUCAAUGGUUGUUCUAGUUUGGUGGAGCUAACUCUUUCAUCGAUUCAAAAUCUCAAUAAACUCACUACUUUGGAAAUGAUAGGAUGCUCAAGUCUAGAGACUCUCCCAACUGGCGUCAACCUUAAAUCUCUCUAUCGUCUCAAUCUUAACGGAUGCUCUCAGUUGAGGAGCUUCCCAGAUAUCUCCAGCAACAUCUCAACUCUCUUUCUAAACCAAACAGCGAUAGAAGAAGUUCCUCCGAGCAUCCAAAACUUCUCUAGCCUUGAAUCUAUGGAGAUGUGGGAAUGCAAGCAGCUACAAUCCAUCUCACCAAGGAUUUUCAAACUCAGUAAUCUUGAUGAGGUUUACUUCUCAGACUGUGAGAAAUUGACUGAAGUUCAGUGGCCUGAGGAAGCAGAAGACACCAAUGAUGCUGGCAGUGGCACUAACUUGUCAUUAGUUAUUUUCACCAACUGUUUCAAUUUGAAUCAAGAAACCUUCAUUCAACAAUCAGCUUCCGAAUAUCUGAUCUUACCAGGUGUAGAAGUGCCUCCAUAUUUUACUCACCGGUCUACCGCAAGCUCCCUUACAGUCCCUUUACAUCGUUCAACGCUGUGCCCACAAUCAUUCUUGGACUUCAAGGCUUGUGUCGUGGUUUCCGAAGAAACGGUUAGCCAUCUGCUUUUCUUUAUAGACAUUCAGGUACAUUGUCGGUUUAGAGACAAGCGCGGGAACUACUUUGAGCCUGCUAAUCCAAGACACUUCUCCUUACAUCAGAAAUAUAAUCAUCUGAUUAUAUUUGACUGUCAUUUCCCUAUAAACCAAGAUUGCAAUCAAGUUGAGAUAGAGUUUCGCCUUUCUAGUAUUAGACUCAAAUUAAAAGAAUGUGGUAUAAGACUCUCAGAUGACAAUACUCCCUCUCUGGCUACUCAUAAUGAAGUGGAUGAAGACAAUAUGGUCGAUGAUGGAUGCCAUGAGACUGAAGAAUGUGGAGAUAGCGAUGUAGAGACAAAGAGAAGCAGGAAACGGAUUCGGAUAAAUACGGAAUAGGACAUCCUCUUGGCUUGCUCUUCACGGUACCCUCAUUGUUGGUUUCCUCCAUUAACGUCUUACACACGUUAUUUUUGCAUAUUGUUACUUUACACACGUUUCUUCUUUUUUUUUAAGUCUUUUAAAUGGAUUAUUGAAUGUUAUAGACUGAAUAUUUAUGUGCAUGUAUAAUACAGAAAAGAUUAAAA